AUGGGGAGUGGAGCAAGUGCUGAAGAUAAAGAACUUGCCAAGAGGUCCAAGGAGCUGGAAAAAAAGCUUCAAGAAGAUGGAGAUAAAGAGGCAAAGACUGUUAAGCUACUCCUGUUAGGUGCUGGUGAGUCAGGGAAGAGCACAAUUGUCAAACAGAUGAAGAUUAUCCAUCAAGAUGGAUACACAGAAGAAGAAUGCAUGGAGUUCAAAGCAAUCAUAUACAGCAACAUACUACAAUCCAUCCUAGCAAUCGUCAGGGCCAUGUCUACUCUGGGGAUAGAUUAUGCUGAGUCAAGCCGAGGGGAUGAUUCACGUCAGCUGUUCAGUUUGGCUGAUUCCAUUGAAGAGGGUACCAUGCCCCCAGAAUUGGUGGACUGUAUAAAGAGACUCUGGGGCGAUGGAGGAGUUCAAGCCUGCUUUGAGCGAGCAGCUGAAUAUCAGCUCAAUGAUUCUGCUGCAUACUAUCUUAAUCAGCUGGACAGGAUCACAGCUCCCAACUAUCUUCCCAAUGAACAGGAUGUUUUGCGAUCUCGAGUUAAGACCACAGGUAUCAUAGAGACAAAGUUCUCUGUCAAGGAUCUCAAUUUCAGAAUGUUUGAUGUAGGUGGGCAGAGAUCAGAGCGCAAGAAAUGGAUCCACUGCUUUGAAGGAGUGACCUGCAUCAUCUUCUGUGGAGCUCUUAGUGCGUAUGACAUGGUCUUGGUAGAAGAUGAUGAAAUGAACCGCAUGCAUGAAUCUUUGCAUCUCUUCAACAGUAUAUGUAAUCACAAGUUCUUUGCUGCCACUUCCAUAAUUCUUUUCUUGAACAAGAAGGACCUCUUUGAGGAAAAAGUCAAGAAAGUACAUCUCAGCAUUUGCUUCCCUGAUUAUGAUGGCCCCAAUACAUUUGAAGAUGCAGGCAAUUACAUCAAGCUUCAGUUUCUUGAUCUAAACAUGAGAAAAGAUGCAAAAGAAAUUUAUAGUCACAUGACUUGUGCCACAGAUACACAGAAUGUCAAAUUUGUAUUUGACGCAGUAACAGAUGUAAUCAUCAAAGAGAACCUAAAGGACUGUGGUCUCUUCUAA